AUGAGUAAGAAGGUUUUGGCUCCGUUGGGUGCGUUGGAGUCAGAGGCCAAAGCGUUUGAAGCUGGGUUGCUCCUUGCGAGGGACAUUGGUAUCCAAGAUGUUAUUUUGGAGGGUGAUUCAUUGGUCAUCUACAAUGCUCUUUGUGAAGUUUCCUUACCACCUUCAUCAGUAGCUUCGAUUGUGGAUGGGAUGCGGGAUUUAUGUAAGGUCUUUAGGUGGCUUCAAUUUUCUCAUGUAAAAAGAAAGGGCAAUAGACCAGCCCAUUUAUUAGCUAAGUAUGCGGGAGGCAUAGAUGAUUUUAUUGUAUGGAUGGAAGAGAAUCCUUGCUUUCUUGAGCAAGCUCUUUCACAUGAUGUUCUUUCUUGA